UUUUCAAGAACAUAUUUAACCUGUUGUCGUACACGUCAGAUAGAUUAAUAAAUAUAAAUAAAUAUGGAGAUCUCGAAUGAAAAAAGGCAAAAGGAAAAUGAUAUUAAAUGUCUAGAUAUAGUUGAAAAUGAAAUUAAUAUUUUACCAACUAACACAAAGCAAGAGUACAAUGAUGUUGAUGAUGGUGAUGAUAAUGCAACAUGCAUGCAAAAUAAAGUAAUUGAACGUGUUAAUAAUGAUUGUUUGGCACAAAUAUUUACACAUAUACCACCAUUUGAGAGGCCAAAAGUUGCACAAGUAUGUAAAAAAUGGAAAGAAGCUCUCCCUUAUUCUUGGUCCAAUAAUGUACAAAAACUUGAAUAUCUUUAUUGGAAAUAUGAUCGUGAUGAAACUGAACAAACAAAUAAAAAAUCGAGAUGUUUAAAAAGACUAAUAAAUCAGUGUGGUCGUUAUUUAACAGAGUUAGAUAUAAUUGGCUAUGGUAAUUCAAAUAUAAUGCCAUUGAUUAAAAAAACUUGUCCACAAAUUGUAAGCCUACGAUUGAGAUUUGCAAAUGUUAAAAAUGUACAUUUUAAAAAUGCAUUUUCAAACAUGUCUAGUCUUCAAUCGCUAAAAAUAAUAUUUCAAUGUAAUUCAAGCAUACCAACUGAGUUGAUAAAUUCAUUGAUUGAUGUUGCUGAUACAUUGAAUCAUCUUGCAUUUUUCAAUUGGAGAAUAACUAGACGUAACGAAGAAAUACCAAAUAUAUUUACUUCAGUGCUUUCUCAAUUAAAUGCCUUGGAAUAUUUUGAUUUAUUCGGUUAUCUGAAUGAUGUCAAUAGACCAUUAUUUUACGCAGCACCAAUGAAUGCUGACGUUUUUCACCAAGAUGACCUUAUUCCGCUCAGAUAUGAAGGACGCUUUGGAGAAGCUGAAUACAUAAAUGAUACUGAUAAUGACGGCGUAACAGAUGAUUUUCUAAUCAAUGUUGCUAAUAAUUUUAGAAAAUUAGAAACUUUAAAAAUAUGGGGUUUUCAAGUUACAGAUAUUGGUAUAAUUGCACUUACACAUAAAAAAUCACUGAGACAACUUAGAAUUAGAUUUGAAGAUGAUUCUUUUAAUUAUUAUAUCACUGAUUCAUCAGUCCAGUUUUUUAAAAAUAUGACAUACUUAGAUGUACGAAUGUGUAGUGUUACUAAUUAUUCAAUCAUUAAAGUUAUUGAAAAUUCACCAGAAUUAAAGAUACUGAGAGUUGCAUUUACAAAAGUAACUCAUGAACUUGUUAAAAAAGCUGCUGAAUUAACAAGAAAUCGCAAGAAUGGAAUUAUUUUAUCAAUGAUGAUUUCUCUUGCAAAUAUUGAUGGUAUAUUUGAUACUCCAGAAUAUAAAUCACCAUUUUUAGAAAUUGAAUGCGUCGUUUCAACUCGAGAUUUAUUAGAUGAUGACGAAUAAUUUUUUCAUUUAUAUCUAAAAUAAUUUUGUUCAUGAUAUUUUUAUUAUAUUAAGAAUGUUAUUCAAUUUAUUCUCAUGCAACUUGAAGAUGAAAAAAAAUAAUUGAUUGAUAAAUAAAUGUGUUAACAUUACCUUU